AUGGGGUUUGUGAGCCUAGAAGCCUGGAGUUUGAUGCGUUCUUCCUGCUUGUCCUCACUUUUUUUCGAUCUGAAUGGAACCAGACGAGUUGAAUGGGCUGGAGGAUCGAGUUGACUCCGAUCUGAAGGAUACCGAGAAAUCAGUGACCACCCAUAGUCCUCCGUGAGGAAGUCUCCUCUUGCACGGAACCUCUGACUUGCCUUGUUGACUAAGAAAACCCUUUCUUGCUGUUGCGAGCAUUGUCUGAGAACAACUGUUGAAUUUGGAUGUUUUCUUCAAUUAAUUAGCAUCCCUUGAUCAUCGUUGACUGAAGUUGUCAUUUCUUCUUCGAACUAUGCAGAGUAAGGGAGCGUUGACGGACGUGGGAGAUUCAAACGUCAUAUUGCUCAAUGGCCCGAGGUUCUCUCUCUCUCUCUCUCUCUCUCCACUUCCCCACUAUGCUCUGCGAUGCGUGUGACCUUCAAGAGGAGAUUAGUAAUAGUGUUUGAUUUUGGUUUGUACCAAGUUUGUGCGUGUUUAUGGUCGAGCUCUUGACGCGGUCUUUUUUCAGUAAACGGAGUUCACGAAGUCGACGAGAAAUCCGGGGGAAAAUACGUCCCCUUAAAAGAUGAGGAAGACCUGCGCCUUGCCAUGUUCGACAAGCCGCUCCCGUGCUUUGGCUGCGGCAUUGGAUGGUUCUCGUAAGCUUCUAAGCCCUCUCUCUCUAUACUCUCUCUCUCAAAAAAUUUCGUAAUCGUAUUAAUGGGUUCUGUAUCCGCACAGUUUCCUGCUGGGAUUCGCCAUCCCUUUGAUGUGGUACUACGCGACCAUCCUUUACUUCUCCAAUUACUACCGGAGAGACCCCAGAGAAAGAAGUGGUCUUGCUGCCUCUGCAAUUGCGGUCAGAUUCUCUCUCUCUCUCUCUCUCUCUCUCUCUCUCUCUCUCUCUCUCUCUCUCUCUCUAAAACUCUGCUGGGUUUACAGGCCCUGGUCUUCUCCAUCACUCUGGCGAUCACUCUGGCCUCUGUCUUCCUCUAG